CCAUGCGGCGGCUCCGGGGCGGCGGCGGCGGCAGCGGCGGGAGCGCCCCGCACAGCCAUGGGCGAUGGGUGGGUGCCGCCCGACUGCGGCCCCCAAAACCGCACCGUGGCCGUCGGUGGCGUGACGGCGGCGCCGCCCGGGAGCAGGCAGCUGCCCACCGAGGUGCUGUCGCAGCAGUGGGCUGUGGGCAUGAGCCUGCUGAUGGCACUGGUGGUGCUGCUCAUCGUGGCCGGUAACGUGCUGGUGAUCGCGGCCAUCGGGCGCACGCAGAGGCUGCAGACCCUCACCAACCUCUUCAUCACCUCGUUGGCCUGUGCAGACCUGGUGAUGGGGCUGCUGGUCGUGCCCUUCGGGGCCACGCUGGUGGUGCGCGGCACCUGGCUCUGGGGAUCCUUCCUCUGCGAGUGCUGGACCUCCCUGGACGUGCUCUGCGUGACGGCCAGCAUCGAGACCUUGUGUGUCAUCGCCAUCGACCGCUACCUGGCCAUCACCUCGCCUUUCCGCUACCAGAGCCUCAUGACCAAGCGUCGGGCCAAGGGCAUCAUCUGCACCGUCUGGGCCAUCUCUGCUCUGGUCUCCUUCUUGCCCAUCAUGAUGCACUGGUGGCGGGACGAGGACCCCCAGGCACUGGAGUGCUACCAGGACCCGGGCUGUUGUGACUUCGUCACCAACAGGGCUUACGCCAUUGCCUCGUCCAUCAUUUCUUUCUACAUCCCCCUCAUCAUCAUGAUCUUUGUGUACCUCCGGGUGUACAGAGAAGCCAAGGAGCAGAUCAGGAAGAUCGAUAGGUGCGAGGGCCGGUUCUACGGCAGCCAUGAGCAGCCGCAGCCGCCCCCGCCCCCUCACCCUCACCACCAGCCCAUCCUCGGCAACGGCCGAGCCAGCAAGCGGAAGACUUCCCGUAUCAUGGCCAUGAAGGAGCAGAAAGCCCUCAAGACUUUGGGCAUCAUCAUGGGGGUGUUCACCCUCUGCUGGCUCCCUUUCUUCCUGGUGAACAUCGUCAACGUCUUCAACAGGGACCUGGUGCCAGACUGGCUCUUCGUUUUCUUCAACUGGCUGGGCUACGCCAACUCCGCUUUCAACCCCAUCAUCUACUGCCGCAGCCCCGACUUCCGUAAGGCCUUCAAGAGGCUGCUCUGCUGCCCCCGGAAAGCCGACCGGCAGUUGCACGCCAGCGGCGGGGAGCUGGCCCGGCUGCCCGGGGGCUUCAUCAGCACCGUGGGCUCCCCCGAGCACAGCCUGGGAGGGACGUGGUCUGACUGCAACGGGGGCACGCGGGGUGGCAGCGAGUCCAGCCUGGAGGAGAGAAAUAGCAAAACAUCCGAUUCGGAGUCCAAGCAAAGGCACCGGGACCAAAAGGGUGCACGGAACGGCGACGUCUGACGCCAGCGACUGCGGCGAGGUGUUGGCUGCGCAUGGCGGGUCGGGACGGGAUGGGGAGGCAGCGCUGCUGUCCGCCUCCUGCAUGCUGGGAUCGCAGCAAGCGAGGGCAGGACCGGGUCUCCGCCUGCUAGGUAGGGUAGGGCAGGAUCUGGCCCCAGAGCCUGGCUGGGAGCUGAAGUGGCUGUUGAGCCCUUUAUCCUCAGCAGGGUGCUGGACCGCGGAGAAGAGCAGUGCCUGCUGGCUGCGUGGGCACUGUGCAGGCGGGACAGUCUGGUGGACUUGGUUCUUUGCCUCAUAAAUCAGUUCACAUACUUAAUUUUAACCAUCCGAACACUCGUGUCCUUAAACUGUAAAAAGUAAUGAAAGUUUUGGCUCAACAGGGUCCUUAGGUGGGAAAUUUAUGGCCAGAACUUGCUUGGCUUCUCCUGCCGAAUAGCUGUGCUGGGUCCUGCUUCCCCUGCACAAGUGUAAUGGCAUGGAGAAGGUGAAAGGUAGGAUGAGUUUUUCCCGCUGGCCUCAGUAGGGCCAGCUGUGUGAGCAGAGCGGUCAGGAUUUGUACACUUUGGCCAGUCAAGGACCUGCUGGAAGAGUCUGGGGGCUGGUACAUUGAGUCCCUUCGCGGACAGCUAAGAUAAUCCACCUGGCAGCGUGCAUGGCGGAUACUGGUCUGUCUUGCACGGUGUAAAAAAAGACAGUGGCACAGUAACAUUGCGGACAGAGCAGGACAUAUGGCAUGCACGUGUGUGAGGAAGGGGAGGCUGCUGGCGAGCAGUCUGCCGUGGAUCGCGCUCAGAACAGGCUGUUCUCCGUGGAGAAGGAGGAUACUCCGAGAAGUGUUACGGGGCAGCUGAAAUACUCCGGAGGCAAUGAGUCACUCACGAUGAAUAUUUUUUUCUGAUGAAAACCAGACAUGGAUUAGCAACUGGAGCUGCAAGUCAGAAAGUAUAGGUGGUAGGCAUGUGGCUGCACACGUACGUGGGCAGGAAAUAACAGCAAAGAGGUACAGGCCUGCAGAAAAGGGAGACACAGGUAAAACAGAAAUCCACUUGGAGAAAAUUAUUUGGUGAGGGCGCCUGAGACGUCCACGUGCAAGAUGCCUGAUUCUCAAAGGCGCCAGCUGCACUCUAAGCAGUGUUUGCUCAGCACUUCUGAAAAGCAGGCUGCAUCUCUCCACGUGCUUAGAUGGGAAUAUGUCGGGUGGAAAGCCUGGCUUCAGUUUUCUGUGUGUUCAGGAAAGUUAUGGAUGUUUGAGACACGCAGUGGGCUAUCACAGUGCCUGCAGAAGUACCUCCCCACCGGUGAGAGCUGCACAGAAGCACUCCUGAACAUUCACUGCACUUUGAGACCGUGACCCUCAGCAUCAACUGACUAUAGCUCCAAGCAGUAACCGAUGAACAAAUGAAAUUAUGUGCAAAAACUAUGGCUUAGAAUUGUGAUCUGAACUAUGCCCAUGGCACACAAAGCGUUUGACAGCAUCAGCCGUGUGUUUGUGAUACAGCACGCACCAUUUCUGCGAGCGCUGCUUUCCCUUUUGGGUACGCACGUGUUUUCAAGUGUAAGGACAACUUCUUUAUCAGCUUUUUUUUUUUCCCUAAACCCUAUCUGCAGUUGAUGUUUUAUUAAUAACUUUUAAGUGGCUAUUUUGCAAACCUUCCUUGUGCUGCACACUUUCCUAAUUUAUUGUAAUUUCCCGUCCGGUGGAGUGCACUUACUUCCUUUAUGUAAUGUAUCAGCUGCAGGGCUGGAAAUUGUACAGCUAUGAACUGAAAGAGCAGACUUUCUUGAGGCCAAAUGCGGUCAGGCAUCGUUGCCACUGGGAGCAGAAUUUGACCUGAUAAUCUAAUCUUAUACCAGAGAGUAUCUCCAGAAAAGUAUUGUUACCAGUAGUAAAUGACCUCUGCUAAUGAAGCUGGAGCAAUUAGUCCUAUUCAAAGCUGUCAAGAAAAUGUUAACUGCUGAACAGUUAACGCUGGAUAGCUCAAAUAAUGAGUGUUUUGUUUGCUGGUGUGUGUUAGGUGAUGUGUUGGGAAAUAAUUAUCCUUUGACUAGCAGCCAGCUUUGUACUAAUCAGAAAGGAGAAGUCAUGUUCUGGUUGAAGGAUUAUACCUAAAAAUAGUUCUGUUACUGCCACAUCGACUAGCGAAAUGAAGCAAAUUCACAGAGACCUACACACUUCUUAACAUUUCACUUUUCGUCCUAAAAUUUCAUCGUUGUACAGCUGGAACUUUCUGUUUGAUCGUGUCAAACGCACUAAUAUGAUGUCCUGCAAUAGCACUAAGCACGCCCCCCCCAAGGGGUGUUAGCCUGUGCACCACACCACUGACUUGCUUUCAGAGCCUGCCAAAUUCCUGAAUGCCCCGGGAGGAAGUAAGGAGUCUUUCUGUUUGUAUAAACUAUGGCAUAUAAUGUAAGAUCAACAAUAUUUGUGAUAAUUGUCUCACAGAAGAAAUGGAUAUGCUUUUUAUUUGAGAUGCCUGCCCAUCUGCAAGGAGCAGCCGUGGUAACAGCAGGUGAUUUAUUUGUGCAAUUCAGAAACUUCAGGCUGUCAAACUGCGCUCAAUAAAAGUGACCGAGAUGGGAAAAGGAUAAAAAAGGUGAUGCUGGCAAGAAAACCCAGGGUUGUCAUUGCAAACGACAAAAAAACAGGGCAUCAUUUGCCAUACAAACUACUGGUGUUGUCUUUUACUGGGAAAUCUAACCACUUUGGGUAGGGUUGCACCAGGCAGAUGCACUGCAGGUUCAGAAGUGGGAGAGGUAAGACACUUUCCAUAUAGGACCGUGCCAGCAAGGGACUGGCAGCUGAAACAUGCCCCAAACAUCCCUAAAAGUUUUUCUUACUCUUUUGGGAUAACAGCAGCAGACUAAAGCACACCUGAGCAGCUUCUCAGCCAACAUAAAGAUGCACAGCUCUGUGCCCAUCCGUGGCUCCUGGGAAGUGUGCCUCCCUCCUGGCAUCUCCCCUUCCCCUCCAAGGGACUCCAGCUUAUGCUGAGUUUUGCAGGACCUGAAGCCUUCCCCCAGCCCAAAGCUGUUGCCUUCUCACUUGGUGCCCCGACAGGAGGUGCCCCAUGGCACCCUGGGGCUGGCACCGCUGCAGGGCAGAUGCGCGAGUGCUGCAGGGUGCAGGGUGUGCCUGUGCUGCCUCGGCUGGGCCAGGCAUGCCGGUGCAAGCUGCCAACCGUGCCGCUCCCCUGAGUCAUCGCUCUGUCCUGCAAGCACCAGCGACAGAAUCAGGCCCACCGAGCUGGAAAUGAGAGAGUGUUUGGGUUUGUUCUGUAAACUGGUGAUCACCUUCCUGGUUCACAAAAACCGGCAGCUUGGCAUGCAAGUUUGCUUUGCAAACUGCCAUUUUGUCUUCCCACCCACUUGGGUCCCAGGUUUUUCAUGGCAGUGUUUGCUUGCUCAGCCUUAGCACCCAGCAGCACGGGUUUUUCAGCUGUGCCCCAGCUGCUGCUGCAUCCAGAUGUGAAUGGUACCAGACACUGGGCAGUGUCUGGGUUUGGUCGUACCCAUUCCUUCCAGGGCUGAUGCUCAGAGUUACUAAUACCAGCAGCACCAAGAUGAGAAAGCACCAAACAAAUAGGAAAUGAGUCCUGACCUCCAGGUCCACAACCUGGAGGAGAAAACAGAAGCUUACCCAGACUUUUGCCAUUGCCAUGGUUAGCAGUGCAUCUCAAACAUAAUGGUGUUCCUUUCCUUUCUGAUCCUGUGUAAUGCACUGAAUCCUGUUGUCCUUAAUGAGAUUAAAUGAGGAUUUUCUACUGGUUCGGUGCUCCAGCCAUUAGCCACUGUUGUGCGUCUCUAGGCAGGGAUGUACCAUCGCAUGCCUGGCCCGGUCUCUCUCUAAGCCACAAUAUUGAGACGUCUUCCUACCAAAAUUGUUUUGAUAAUUGGUCUUGAGCUCAUUGACACAAUGCUUUGAAAGGCAGAUUUAAGUGUAUACACCGAAGAGGCAAUCAGAGCCACUAAGGAGUUCAAAAUCUAAGCAGCUGCUGGGUGUAUAAAUAUUUCAGCUACCAACAAGUCAUUUUGCAGGGUCAGGUGAGUGCUGCAGCCCCCUCAGAGGCUGCCAGCUGCCCUUCCUCUAAGUGGGACUGCAGAAUACCCUGCCACUGUAAGGAAGAAUUUUAGGGACAACACAACAGCUCAUGACAAAAGAUUUUCCAGGUGGUAAAAUUUAAACAGUGAUUUGUGGCCAAAAUUUAAAGAGCACUUGUUAAGAAGAAGGAAUUGAGAUGAGUCCCUGGCAGGAUUUCCUAGAGGGGAAGGGAGAACAAUGUUCAGGGUUAAAGUUUCCACGUGCGGAUGAAGAGCCCUUCAUUGACUGGUCCAGUGAGAAUUACAGAUGCCUCUGGCACCCUGUGCUAUCCACCCCGGCCACCCUCAGGGACAGCUCACAGUGCCUGCAGCCACCCUCCCUCUGCUCCCAUUUGGGUACAUAAUGUGACCCCCCCCACCUGCCCGAGCAUCAGAGGGGACCCCCAGAGGUGUCCUGCGACACGAAGGUGUGUGCCAGCCUGUGUCCCGCCUUGAGGCUUGCCAACCCACCAUUGUGCUGCGGAGGGAGGAGCCCUUCCUCUUGGACUGGAGCAGGUAAACUGGGAGAUGUCCCACAAAGCUCCCAUUGUUUAACAGCUUGUCAGCUCACAGAGCCCGCCUUCGGUGAGGGAUGUUUUGUUUGUCUGUUCUUCCCCUAAAUACUCGCUUGGGAGCCGUCAAAUAAAAUCUCAAUUAGCUCGCUUACGACAUGAAGCGCGGUGUAGGAUGCAUUCCCUGGCAGGCAGCUACCCUCGCUGCGGUAGGGCAGCAGGGAUGAUGGGAGGACCUGUUGUUCACACCCCUCCUCCUGACUGAAGCAUCGCUGGUACCCUGGUGGGUUCCCAUCACCAGACUAGGACAGCCGUAACACCAGUGUGCCCAGGCUGUGCCCGAAAUCCCAGUUCUGACACAGGAGCAUCCAAUCUGCUCAUGAAUCAGCUCGUGUCAAAUACUUAAGCUUUUCGGAGCUUUUACAUAAUAUUCAGUGCAAGGCAGCUGCUGCUGCAGUAAUUGCCAGUAACAACAGGUAUUGUAAUGCUGCUCUAAACCACCUCGAGAGCAUCCACGGGAGAUGUUUUGUUCCUGUUUCAGUGCCCGGUGGUUCCUAGCUAGCUGGCAAUGGGGUGAACACAUCUGCAGUUCUGAGCAUCAGCCCAUCCAAGCCAGAGCUGGUGCUCACACUCCCCCCUCCACUGCACGUCCUGCUGCCCGGACUGGCUCUGCUGCCUGCAUAACCGCAUGGGGAAUGGGCUCCUCUGGCUGAAAACCAGCCCUUUCAGGAAAGGUUUGUCUCAGCUGAUCCACAUGGGUGCAUGAAGACAGGUAAUGGCACGAAGGGCCUGGGAACAUGCAGAGCGAUGGGGCUGAGAUCAUGUUUUGUUAGCAGCCCUGAUUUGGAGCCAUUGCUGUGAUCACAAACCUUCUGUCUGGCAGUGAUGCUGCAGAAGCUGAGACCCAGACCAGCGCCCUCUGGCCUGUCGUUUUGCCUGACCUGCGCUGGAAAAGCAGGACUUGCCACCUAAACUUUCCCUCCCUUCAGGGUCUGCCCUGAAUAUUAUAUUCAGAAGCUACUAAACUUCUUGCUGCAUGUGAAAAGUGGAAAAAAAGUCUUAGUUUGGUACAAAUAUUUGUGCGAUAGAAGAAAAACAUGAUUGAAGUCUGAUUACCCGCUGUGUAACUAUACCACAGUGAAGAGCAUGGGACAGACUCCUCAACUUUUGGCAAAGAUCUGGACCAGGGGAGCUGAAAGAGCACCUCAGGUACCGGGUGACAGCACUAAGCUGUCCCCAGCUGCAAGAGGUGACAUGGCAACGAGCCACAGGCAGUGGAAAAAUAAUUCCCCAGGAAGAGCAGCUCUGUUUGCACAAUGUCUUUGUGUGGAUCCCAACACUGACAAGCACCAUUGAGCUGCUAGUGACUUGUGAGUAAUCCCCAUCAUGCAUGUCUUCUGGUGGAUGAUGUUUAACCGCUUUUAUUCCUGUGUACUUCGCUCAUGUGGGAGCAAAGAAUGCAGUGAUAAAAAGGCUGGAAUAAUUUCAGUGCUGGAGAGCUUCCAUUAAUAUAUUUCUCAUUAUAUAAUGCUGCUGUCACUGUACAAAAUCUGCUAAGAUGCCUUUUAAGAAGGUGGAACGUUUCUACAUAGCCAUAAUUGAGAAAGUUGUGUUGUAGAGCAGGCUGGGCUUUGAUCAGAUGCUUUUUAAUUGCACCGGGUGUACUUGGGCUUUUGCAUGGUAUGGAUUUCUUUGCCUUUGUGUUACAAGUCACCUCAUAAAUUAAAUGGUUGAUGUUGUCAAAUGCAUGCCAUUAGCACUCUGAGCAGAUAAUCCGUUCGGUGGCCUCAGCAGAGUCUAUCGCAGGGCCUGUCUCCAGAUAACGGCCUGGAAGAAGAACAAUGGUGCCCCGAGCUCCCAGGGACUUCCACUCUCUGCUUCUGCACUUCAGAAGAGAAAAAUUAUCAUUAUCUGCAUGGCUCAAGCUCCCUUUGAAAUGCAGUUAUUUUUUACUCAUACAUUCCAAGUAUUUUUUACAUGAUAUCAGAGAGAAACUUGAAACCCCCUUUGAGAAGAGAAAGAUUUCCUGCAGCCCUACUACUAAAGAAAAUGGAUAGAUCAAGUAGUAAAGUUCAAUGACUUACUUAGCAUUAAAUAAGAAAGAGAAUAAUGAAUUG